AAGCUACUUUGGCCACUGGAAGCCGUUUACGCGUGCGAAAUCCAGGAAGAUGUCUACUUUUGUGUCUGUUGCCGGGGGCAAGUGGAUCACCGACAUCCCUUGCAGUGAAGUCUUAAACCUGACAGUCGACACCUCACCCUUUGCCACAGCAAAGUCUGCUGCCGAUGCCCUGCGAAUUGCCUUCCAGGUCUAUUCCCAGCGGCCAUGCCUGGGCGCUUGCCCCAAGGCCCCUCAACUGGGCUGCAACUGGCACUCCUAUUGUCAAGUGGGGGAGGCCUCUGAGGCGCUGGCUGCGGGGAUCCGGCAGGUGCUGGAGAAUCAAGGGAAGCCAAAUGGACAGAUCGUAGGCUUGCUGGCUGCCAUCAGCAAGCCGUGGUUCCUGACCGAUUUCGCCUGCACCCUGGCGGGGGUGCCUCUGGUGACCAUGCACCGGGCCACCAACGAGAAGACUUUGGCCCAUCUGCUGGACCAGUCAGGGCUGACUCUGCUGGUAGCCUCCCACCACCUGGCUGCUGUGAUCCAGGGUGCCAUGCGGCUGGCUGGGCGGUGCCAGCUGAAGACGCUGGUGUGGCUGGAGGAUGACUUGGAGGGAUAUGGACUGCAAACUUCCCAAAUCCAUCAGGGUGUGCCAUUGGAAGCUUUGGGCCACUGCAGGCAGAUGAAAUGGACAGAUCUUCUGAGGCUCGGGGCUUCCUUCCCCAAGCAGCAGCAUGUGGGUGGACGAAAUCCCAAGGCCAUCAUCAAAUUGCUGCCAUCCAGUGGAAGCACUGGAUUACCCAAGCUGGUGCCCGUCACGGAAGAUUCGUUCUUCAAAGGUGCUUCACCUAAUCUUCAGUGCUCCAUGGAUGUGGUGGUCUAUGCUUACGAAGCUGUGCGACAAAGCCACGACGUCUUGAUGCAGGGCGGUCGCCUCGGCUGUUCCUCCGGCCUGGGCCGCGUCCUGGAGGACCUGCCACGGCUGCGGCCCACGACCUUCGCGGCUUCGCCCAGCUUUUGGAACGGCCUCCACAAGGACUUCGAAAGUCAGCUGCGAGGUGGCCGAGGGGAUCGAGAGGAUGACAGGCAGACGCUGUUGGACACAUGGCGGGAGCGGAAGGUGUUGGGAAAUCGCAUUGCAGCUUUGGUAUCCACCGGUGCGACCUUGCCACAUCCUGUCCAGCGCUGGCUGGUGCGGGUCUUUGGAAAGAUGGUGAUUGAUUCGUACGGUUGCACCGAGACGGGUGGCCUCGCCAGCAACGGCGCCAUUUCCGGAAGCGAGCUGCGUCUGCGAGACCUGCCACAGCUGGGAUAUCUCACCAGCGACCGACCCUUCCCGCGGGGGGAGAUCCUGGCGGCGGUCAAGAGCUGCGGAUACUUCUCGUUGGAACGGUGGAAGGAUGGAACACUGGGAGAAGCAGUGGAGGGAGACUGGGUGAUGUUGGAUGGAGUGAGGUACUUUUGCACCGGAGAUGUGGGUGAGCGCCGCGGGCCAGGAGAGGUGAAGGUGAUUGAUCGAUGCAAAAAUCAUUUCAAACUGGCGCAGGGCAUCUUUGUGGCUCCGGAGCCUUUGGAGGCGCUCUUUCUGCAGAGCCGCUGGGUCUCGCAGCUCUUUUUAUGGGGCAGCAGCGGGAUGACGGCGGUGGCGGCUGUAGUGGUACCCAGUGACCAGCUGAGAGACGAGGUGAAGAAAGGGUCGUCAUGUGCAACAAGCAAAGUUCUGAAAGACUUUGCCGAGAUGGGGGCACGACAUGGCUUGAAACCUUGGGAGAUUCCUGGGAAGGUGCUGUUGGAGUUUGAAUCCUUUUCCAAGUCCGGCAUGUUAACGGCCUCGGGGAAGCAGAGUCGCUUUGCAUUGAUCCAGCGCUAUGCUCAAGAACUGGCUGGCGAGACAUCGGCUAUCGGCCCGGGAUCCUCCCAGGGCCUAUGCCACGGCCUCCAGCAGCUGCUGCUGGAGCUGGCCGUCCCUGCGCCGUUUCGGCCGAACGACGCGCUGCGGAGCCUGGGCCUCGACUCCUUCCAGAUGGGGCGCCUGGCCCGGGCCGUGCAGCGGCAGUUCCGGGUGGAGAUCCCAGUCAACGUGCUGUUUUCCCUGGAAAGCCUGGGUGGCCUGGAGAGGGUUUGCUUGUCCGGGCCCAGCGUGCUCCGAAAUGUCCUGGCGAAGAAGCAGGUCUUGGACUUCAGGAAGGAAGUUCAAGUGGCACAUGAGGCCCUGGUGCACGAAUGCCUCCAGAUGCAUCGCAUCCAGAAUCUUCACAAGACUUCCAUCCUGGUGACGGGCGCCACCGGUUUCCUGGGUGCCUUUGUUGCAGCACGUCUCGCCCAGUUGGGGCACGACGUCCUUUGCCUGGUUCGCGCCGUUGAUGUUGACGCAGCCCACGGCCGGUUGUGGAGGGCCUGGCGUGGCUAUCGCCUGGAUGAGGGGUCAAUGUCCGACCUGCCGCAGUGCGUGAGGGUGCUACCUUCAGGUGGCGUUGAAAGGGCUGAGCUGGGCUUGGCCGAGGACGACUUCGCACUCGUCUUGGCGAAGGUUUCGUUGAUCGUCCACUGCGCAGCUGAGGUGUCCGGAGUUCGGCCCUACAUGGCGCUGCGGGAAGCGAACGUCACGGGGACCCGACGAGUCCUGGCGUGCGCAUGGCGGGCGAAUGCCAAGGUCAUCCACGUUUCAACCAUGGGAUUUUUGCCUGAAGGUUAUGGAGAGGUGAGAGAAGUUCCCACCAACUCAUUGAUUCCAAGAUCCGGCUAUGCUCAGUCGAAAUGGGUCGCCGAAGAACUGGUUUGGCAGGCCAUGGACAGCCCUGGUGUGCCUGCUGUGGUGGUGCGGCCCGGCACCGUUGCUGGGCACCCCAGCACUGGAGCCACCAACCGCCAGGAUGCCUUGAGCAUUUUGCUGCUGGGCUUGGUGCAGUUGGGCAAGGUGGCCUUAGGGCCUGGGAGCCCGCUGCCACCGGGCUUCAACCUGGUUCCCAUCGACUUCGUGGUGGAUGCCCUGGUGGCCCUGGUGGAGGGGCGCACCUUCCAAGGGCCUCUGCACCUCUGCGCACCCAAGGCGCUUUCGAUGGCCACGCUUUGUGAAUGGUUGGGGAGUGCUGGGUAUGAGCUGGAACACAUUGAUGCGGAGGCCUUCUGCGGCUGCGUGCAAAACUUGGAGGAAUCACAUCCGCUCUUUCCAUUUCGCUCCCAGCUCUCCAGGCCAAACCCCAGCGAGUCGCGCAUGCCAGAAGUGACCUGGGGUCGAGUGAAGCAGCUGAAGCUUCAAACCCCUCAGGUGCUAACGAAGGUGGGCUUUCAAAAUUCGGUGGCUUUCUUGUCUUCCGCGAAGUGAAGUCACCUUGGUCACCUUGAGUGCUGUGAUGGUGCCCCAUGGUGCUCCGUGGCAACUCCGCGGUCAGAAGCUUUACGCAAAAAGCUGCAAGCCUUGAAAGUCUUCCAUCCACGCCACCCUGCUUUUCCCGCGGCGAAAGUGAUGCGAAG